AUGGAAAAGCUUCCGCCAGAACUUGUUGGUAUCAUUGGUAGCCACCUUGAGUACCCUGACUGGUGCGCCCUCCGACUUACAUCCAAGAUUAUCUAUCAACUCUCUUCUUCCCUCUUCGCGAGACGCUACUUUCAGUACGUUAGUGUUAUUUUGACCCGGGAGGCUAUUGCGGAGCUUGAAGACCUCACCUCGAAUGAAUCAUUCAGAAAUGAGGUAAAGGAAUUGAGCCUCAUACCUCAAAUCUUCGGAGACUACGGGGUGGACCUUGAUGCCUUCACAAGUAUCCUACACUUGUGUGUUCCGGAGAGUCAAGAAUGGACAGCCAAAGAAGUGCAGGCGCAGUAUACGAUCUACGUGGCCGCCGAGACCGAUCACCUAGCAUUUGCCGAGUCCGCUAGCUUAGUAGGGAGUCUUACUCGAUGCCUAAGCCGAAUGAGAAAUGUCUCUACUAUAGGGCUGCGAGCCUAUCCUUCCCAACGGUUAUGCAAAGAAAAGAGUCCUCAUGUUUGCCUCGGCAGGCGCGCCUUGCAGGAAAGGCUCCCUUUUGGCCCUUGCGCACAACUCCUGGUGUCCAGUGCACGGCGCUUAGCUGACCCGUCUCCGAGCAUGCGGCGCGUAGUGUGGGAUAUGUGGGUGGACAUAAGACAUCCAGUCUGGACCAAGGGACUUACCAGUCUCCUCAAAGCCAUGUGCGCAGUGUCCCCACCGUUGGCAGUUCAGAGACUAUAUACCUGCCUAACCGAGGACGAAUUUGCGGUACCCCCUGACUGCUUCACUCUAUCGCAACACCUCUACCAAAGUCUGCAACCAAUUCUUCAUGUGCUAGUGGAUCUAGAUAUUUGUCUCGGACCCCCAAAGCCAGAAGAUACUGCGGAGUCCCUUCAUUGUCUUGUCAUCCGGGCUGCUCCAAAUCUUCACACCCUUCGGCUUACUCUGUGGGAUCAAUUCCAUGAUGUAAGCCCGGAUCACUUCACCAACCUGGCUCAACAAGUCCAGUUCACCCGCCUCUCGGAACUUCAUCUUCACUGGGUCGAGCUCACUAUUCCCGGCUUCCAACUCUUCUUACGCACGGCCGCCCCAACCUUGAAGGUCUUGACCCUUGUCGCAGUUAGCUUAAAUGGCCCCGUCCCAGUAGGUAUGAGGCCUGCAUCAGCGUUUCAUAAGGCUAUAUCCACUGUCUGGCGUGGGCUCUUGAACACUCUGCGUGACACCAUUCCAACUAUUCGCUUCCUCCGGAUGCGGAAACUUGCCUAUCACCAGCAUGUUAUUAGUAUGACAGAUCGAUCAAGAAUGAGGAGGCUUUUACCCAUGGGCUCCCGCUUCGUAUACAAACCAGCCGGCGGCAUCUUUUAUAAUAUCAACACGAAAAUGAGCUUUGCUGAAUGGAUCGAUCAGUUAGAACUGAUCCCAAUUUAUCAUUGCUUUGUCGUCCGUCUACCAAGACAUCGCGUGUUUUCAAACGGUAUAAUUGCCUCUCCAUUUCCAGAGCACCUUCCUCGUCAAAUGUGGCCGACAAUUGGGAAUGAGAGCAUUGAUACACGACAUCCGCCUGGCAUCAUUAGAUGCGGUACCUGCGGUACCUAAGGAGCAUUUCUCAUAGUAUAUCAGAUGAAGUGAUUUCCCUACAACCGUAUAAGCUGGUGCCGAGUUAUUUACUCUGCGGUGGAUUAACAUAUUGUCUAGAUGGACCUCUGUACAGCAUUAAUAAUAGUAAAGGAGGCAUAUUUAGAAUGCGAUACACUUGCUG